UAUUUUGAAGGCCAGAAGAGAGAAGAGGGAAAAUUUGUGAUAAAAUCCUGAAUCCACACCGCAGGCGGUCCUGUCGCCAACAAAAUUUGGGGUAUGAUCGUAACCCACACGGCCAUGGCUUUCCGAAAUCUGGUCAUGGCCAGGUCAAAUUUGCCUAAAUCAAGCCAAUGGCGGAGAAUCGCCUUUCUUCAUUUGUCUGUUAUGUUUGUUAUCUUCUCCUUAGCUUACUACCUUCGUGCUGCUCCUCCUUCCCCCACCCCACCGCUCUCUUUACAAACCAAAAUAUUGGGUUACAUUCAAGCGGCUGCGGCACCAAGAUCCUGAGCGGCUUUGCAAAAUGCCUCCCUCCACGCAUCAACCUGAUGAUGGGUUUCCCUUGAACACCACGGCCGUCGCCAUUGACAAGGAUAAGAAUAGCCAACACGCCGUACAGUGGGCUAUUGAUCAUCUCGUCAUAAGCAACCCGCUUAUAAUUCUCAUCCAUGUUAGGCAUAAAACCAAUCAACAUCAGGGCGCAAGCGAUUCUGAAAAUGGCGAAAUUGAUGCGCAGCAGCUGUUUGUUCCCUAUCGUGGAUAUUGUGCGCGUAAAGGGGUUCAGCUGAAGGAGGUUGUUCUUGACGAUACCGAUACUCCCAAAGCACUCGUCGACUACGUUCACAAGAAUUGCAUCAACAAUUUUGUAGUUGGAGCUUCAACAAGGAGCGCUCUAGCGAGGAAAUUUAAAGGUCCUGAUAUUCCGACCAGCAUAAUAAAAACUGCCCCGGACUUUUGUUCUGUAUAUGUAAUAUCAAAGGGGAAGAUAAUAUCUGCCAGGGCUGCUCUUCGGCCAGUGGCGAAUACUGCCAUGCCACCAAGACAACCAUCACCGCUUGGAAUGCAGCCAAAUAAUCAACCAGACAGCAACAAUGAACAAGAAAAUGGAGCCAAAGGGCAACCAGCAAGGGAAGGUUGGAAGACUGCAGCUACAGAGAGAAUGCUCAAUGAAAGGAAUGGUGCAAAGCCGGCAAAAGCGUUGACUCGUGAGAGGCCAAAAACUUCUCCGGCUAAUAUAACAUUGGAAAAUAUCGAGGCUCCAAAUCGAGGUUCUAGGCCUUCAUUUAGUCGUGAUUCGGUCUCUGACGAACAUGUGUUGACAGCACAGAUUCCUUUUGGUUCAAUGGAUGCGAGUGGUCAAAAUUUAGAUUUUAGUUCUAGCUCAGUUGGUUCAAUGGACUCUGCUUCUGCACAAUCGACUCGAGAACUAGAGGCCGAGAUGAAAAGAUUGAAGCUGGAAUUAAAGCAAACCAUGGAUAUGUAUAGCUCAGCCUGCAAAGAGGCAAUCUCAGCCAAGAACAAGGCAAGAGAACUGAGCCAGUGGAAGCAAGACGAGGCACGUAAGUUUGAAGAAGUCAGACUAGCUGAAGAAGCUGCUCUUGCUAUUGCGGAGAUGGAGAAAGCCAAGUGCAAAGCUGCCAUUGAAGCAGCAGAGGCAGCGCAAAAGCUAGCCGAAAGAGAAGCCCAGAGAAGAAAACAGGCUGAAAUGAAGGCCAGAAAAGAGACCGAAGAGAAAAAACGAGCAUUGAAUGCUCUAGCACAGAACGACGUCCGUUAUAGAAAAUACACCAUAGAAGAGAUAGAGGAAUCUACUGAAAUGUUCUCUGAAAAAUUGAAGAUUGGAGAAGGUGGAUAUGGUCCUGUUUAUGGAGGCAAACUUGAUCAUACCGCCGUUGCAAUUAAAGUUUUAAGACCCGACGCUGCUCAAGGACGGAAGCAAUUCCAACAAGAGGUGGAGGUCCUCUGUUGUAUUAGACAUCCAAACAUGGUGCUCCUUCUUGGGGCAUGCCCUGAGUAUGGUUGCUUGGUGUAUGAGUACAUGCAUAAUGGGAGCUUAGAAGACAGACUCUUCCGGAGAGGGAAUACUCCUCCAAUCUCUUGGAGACGACGAUUCAAGAUAGCUGCUGAAAUCGCAACCGCACUCCUUUUUCUUCACCAAGCAAAGCCAGAGCCACUGGUGCAUAGGGACCUUAAACCAGCUAACAUUCUCUUGGACCGCAAUUACGUGAGCAAAAUCAGUGAUGUUGGCCUGGCUCGGUUAGUCCCUCCUUCGGUUGCUGAUCAAGUCACCCAAUAUCAUCUGACUUCAGCAGCUGGCACGUUUUGUUACAUCGAUCCUGAGUACCAACAAACAGGACAGUUAACAACAAAAUCAGAUAUUUACUCUUUUGGAAUAAUGUUACUUCAAAUCAUUACUGCCAAACCUCCAAUGGGUUUAGCUCACCAUGUUCAAAGGGCUAUCGAAAAAGAGCGGUUCAAUGAGAUGCUGGAUCCUACAAUUUCAGAUUGUCCAUUGGAGGAGGCUAUACAUUUUGCAGAACUGGCUUUGAAGUGCGCUGAACUGAGGAAGAGAGACAGACCAGAUCUUGGAACUGUUAUAGUUCCAGAGCUCAACAGGUUAAGAGAUCUCGGGAGGAGUUCUGACAAACGCGAUGGUCGGAAUCAGUUUCCACGCUCUGCCGCAUCGAGUUCCAGUUUGAGGGCGCAGUCAUCGAAUGAGGAUUCGGGAAAUAGUUAUACUGAUGAAUGAAGUUAGAGGCCUGCCUAACCCAUAGGAGGAAAGUUACUUGAUUCCAUGACUGAUUACAGAAGGGCUGUGGUAGCAGAAUAUGAAGCUUAUGGAGUUCUUUGUUUGGACGUGGAAGAAGCUGAAGGAUCAAUACUGUGACGAAACUCGUCUCUUCGAGAUCUUAUCGAUGCUAGGAAGAGGUAUGAUCCUUAUCGAUCUUUGCGACCAGGUUGAGAAUUAUAGCUUAUCCUAUCAACAGCUGAUACUCGUUACUCCAGGAAUAAAGCAGCUGACUCCUCAAGUUAACUUGGAUUACAUCAUUCCAGGAUUAAACAAAAAACAGCAUUGUAAAUUUGUAGCAGUGUUUCUUUAUUGUCGAGUCUGUUGAGUCAUGGAGAUCGACAUAGUCCAUUCACUUGUAUUUGUUGCAUGUUAUUGUGGCAUUAUCCGCUUGAAUGUAACGCAAACUUAUAUAGUUUAUACUAAAUCCAUGACUCGUUUGGUCUUUUAUGCAUCUGCUACAAUUUCAUUC